AUGACAAUCAAACAAAGGGAGGAGGACUAUGAUGAAGGCGACAAUGACAAUGCAAUUGAGAUGACUGGUGGCCAUCACUCAAUAAUGAUUGAUGCCUCAUCAAAUUCAACACCAACACCAACACAAUCAUCAUCAUCGUCAUUGCCAAAUGGUGCAAUAAUCACAAUGCCAACAUCAUAUACAAAGAUUGGUAAUGAAGAAGAGGAUGAUGAUGGCGCCACACUCAUCAAUCUCAAGAAGAAGAAUAAGGAGAAGGACUUGGACUUGGAGGGUGAUGACACACAACAACAGCUGACAGAACGUCAGAAACGCAGAUGGCAGCUCAUCCGCGCACUGCUGGGUGAGCUGCUCUGCACAUUCUUCCUGAUGUACAUUGUAUACUCGGCAGCGGCCAACUUCAAACGAUAUCCAAAUGCAUCGUCGGUCGUGGGAAACGCCCUGGCACCAACCUUUGCCGUCAUUGCGCUCAUCUAUUCAUUCGCCGAUGUGUCUGGCGCGCAUGCCAACCCAGCCGUGACAUUCGCCACGGUGCUCACACGCAAGAUGUCCGUUACAAAGGGUGUGCUAUACGUUGUCAUGCAGGUCAUUGGCUGUGUGCUGGCUGCGCUCUUCCUCAACGCAUCGUUUCCACACAAGUUUGAUGAGGGCUCGCCUGCAGCGGCCACAGCGAUCAUCCCCGCAGCCGAUUCAAACUUGAGCAACAUAUUCAUCACGGAACUAUUACUCACAUUCAUUCUGAUAUACGUCAUAUUCGCCGUUGCAUUCGAUACGAUUGAUGACGAUGUCCAAGUGCGUCGUGGCAAGAACAAUGGAAAUCUCACCAUCUACACUACAUCUGGCGCGACCAAAGCAGGAUUCGCACCAAUCGCCAUCGGAUUCACCGUUGGCUUCCUCAACUUCCUCGGUGGAUCAGUGUCUGGCGGUGCAUUCAAUCCAUGUCGAGUAUUCGGACCAGCGUUGGUUGGAAAUAGAUGGAGAUUCCAUUGGAUUUACUGGAUAGCUGAUCUGUUGGGAGCUGGACUGGCGGCAUAUGCUCAAAGAUUCUUUGCUGUUACCAAGUCAAAGACACAACACUAG